CUUGGUUCUGCAGACAGAAGACGUGUGACGAGUGAAAGUUCAGAACUGCCUCACUUUUUUUCCUUCGGUGACAUCAACACACGGAGAGGGAGGAUUUUUUGGGGGGGUCAGACCUGAGUCUCUCACUCGCACAACCUUCAGGCGCACAAGUCUGUCAACUUUUGUCCUGAGCGCAACUCUCACUUGGUUUUCACUGGCUGGCAGCGGAGGGAUGUUCGCUGGGAGGAGGAGGUUCGACUCCACACUUUCACCUUGGAAACUUCAGGAUAACCUCGAGUUUGUGAAUGGGGGGCAUUUUGAGUGAUGCACGGUCAUUUUUUGGUAAACUUUUCAACACUUGCUGAGCGCGUCAUUGUCACUUCUUUUAAUGGGAGACGCGCGUUUUUGUGACUUUCAGACCGAUUGAAACUGGAGGAAACUUUGGAUGAACUUUUGACAAGCCGCUUAAAAAAACACUGGUUCUCCUCACAUCCCAUGCUGGUUUAAAAAAAAAUCCACGGCUGACGCUUUUUUAAUUCUCUUAUCAAGGAUUCUCUAUUUUUAAUCGGAGUUUAAAGUGGAUAUGAAGCCUUGGAGAGGGGGGGAGAGGCGCGCUGCGCUCUGCCGGGUUUGGGCUCUGCUUGUCGCGCUGCUGCUGAGCGCUGCGUCGGUGGAUGGAUGUCCGCACAAGUGCAGCUGCUCCGGAUCUCAUGUGGACUGUCAGGGUCUGGGUCUGAAGACGGUGCCCAAAGGAGUACCCCGGAAUGCCGAACGCCUGGAUUUGAACCGAAACAACAUCACCAGAAUCACCAAAGUGGACUUCUCUGCCCUCAAGAACCUCAGAAUUCUACAUCUGGAGGAAAACCAGAUCAGCGUCAUCGAGAGAGGAGCCUUCCAAGACCUCCGACUGCUGGAGAGAGUUCGCCUGAACCGAAACAAACUCCAGUUCCUUCCAGAGCUCCUCUUCCAGUCCAACCCCAAGCUCGUCCGACUAGACCUCAGCGAGAACCAGAUCCAGGCGGUUCCGAGAAAAGCCUUCAGAGGAAUCACAAACGUCAAGAACCUGCAACUGGACAGCAACCACAUCAGCUGCAUCGAAGAUGGAGCUUUCCGAGCGCUGCGCGAUCUGGAGAUUCUCACCCUCAACAACAACAACAUCACCCUCAUCCCUCUGUCCAGCUUCAACCACAUGCCGAAGCUGCGGACUCUCCGUCUGCACUCUAACAACCUCCACUGCGACUGCCACCUGUCCUGGCUCUCCGACUGGCUCCGGGCUCGACGGGGUUUGGCCCCCUUCACUCAGUGCAUGGCCCCCGCCCAGAUGAGGGGGCUGAACGUUCCAGAUGUGCAGAAGAAAGACUUUGUCUGCAAUGGCCCGGUCCAGACUGAGUCCAGGGCGUGUACGCCGCAGCUCGCAGUGUGCCCGCCGAGCUGCACCUGCAACAACAACAUCGUGGACUGUCGUCGGAAAGGCCUCACCGAGAUUCCCGCCAACCUGCCAGAGGGCAUCAUGGAAAUUCGUUUGGAGCAGAAUCUGAUUAAAAGCGUCCCAGCGGGAGCCUUCUCUUCCUACAAGAAGCUGAAGAGGAUUGACUUGAGUAAGAACCAGAUUUCUGACAUCGCUGCCGAUGCGUUCAGUGGCCUUCGCUCACUCACAUCACUGGUUCUAUACGGCAACAAGAUCACAGAACUGCCAAAGGGACUGUUCGAUGGACUGGUUUCCUUGCAACUGCUGCUCCUCAACGCCAACAAAAUCAACUGCCUUCGCGUCAACACCUUCCAGGACCUGCAGAACCUCAACCUGCUCUCACUGUACGACAACAAACUGCAAACCAUAAGCAAAGGUUUAUUCGCGCCGCUGCGCGCCAUCAAGACUCUUCAUCUGGCCCAGAACCCCUUCAUGUGCGACUGUCAUCUGAAGUGGCUGGCUGACUACCUGUUUGACAACCCCAUCGAGACCAGCGGCGCUCGCUGCAGCCACCCCAGGAGACUGGCCAACAAGCGCAUCAGCCAGGUCAAGGGCAAGAAGUUCCGGUGCACUGGUCAGGAGGACUAUCGCAGCCGGCUGAGCGGCGAGUGCUUCCAGGACCUGGUCUGUCCGGAGAAAUGUCGCUGUGAGGGCACGGUGGUCGACUGCUCCAAUCUCAAACUGACCCGUCUCCCGCCACACAUUCCUGAACACACCACCGACCUGCGACUGAACGACAACGAGAUUGCAGUCCUGGAGGCUUCAGGAACAUUUAAGAAGCUGCCCAAUUUAAAAAAGAUCAACCUCAGUAACAACAAGCUGCGCGACAUCCGCGAGGGCGCUUUCGACGGGGCGUCCGGAGUCCUGGAGCUUCUGCUGACCGGCAACAAGCUAACUGGACUGCAGGGACGAAUGUUCCGAGGCCUGACUGGCCUGAAAACUCUGAUGCUGCGUAGCAACCAGAUCAGCUGCAUUGACAACACAACCUUCACGGGUCUUAGCUCCGUGCGUUUGCUGUCGCUGUAUGACAACCGGAUCUCCAGCAUCGCCCCGGGAGCCUUCUCCACCCUGCACUCUCUGUCCACCAUUAAUCUCCUGUCCAACCCGUACGUGUGUGAUUGCCACUUGGCUUGGCUCGGUCAGUGGCUGAAGAAGACCAGGGUGGUCAGUGGAAACCCUCGGUGUCAGAGGCCAGCGUUCCUCAAGGAGAUUCCCAUCCAGGAUGUGGCGACGCCUGACUUCACAUGUGAUGGAGUGGAGGACAACGGCUGCCUCUCCACGUCCGGAUGUCCCGAUGUUUGCACGUGCUCUGACACGGUGGUGCGCUGCAGUAACAGAGGGCUGCACGCGCUGCCCAAGGGCAUUCCCAAGGACACCACCGAGCUUUACCUGGAGGGUAAUGCACUGACAUCUGUGCCCAAGGAGCUGGCGACGCUGAAGCAUCUGUUGCUGGUAGACCUGAGCAACAACAGCAUCAGCACGGUGGCGCCGUACACCUUCAGCAACAUGACCCAGCUGGCCACGCUCAUCCUGAGUUACAACCAGAUCCGCUGCAUCCCCGUCCACGCCUUCGACGGCCUCAAGUCGCUCCGCCUGCUGACUCUCCAUGGAAAUGAUCUCUCCACCAUCCCAGAAGGAGCGUUCAACCAUCUCACUUCUUUGUCCCACUUGGCUCUCGGUGCCAACCCUUUGUACUGCAACUGCGACCUGCGCUGGCUCUCCCAGUGGGUCAAGGCCGGUUUUAAAGAGCCUGGCAUCGCUCGCUGUACUGGACCUCCGGACAUGGCUGACAGGCUUCUGCUGACCACACCGCUCAACAGGUUUCAGUGCAAAGGUCCUGUAGAUAUCAGUCUCAUGUCCAAGUGCGCCCCCUGCCUGGCAUCACCCUGUCAAAAUAACGGCACCUGUGUUUCGGAUACAACCGGAUCGUACCACUGCACGUGUCCGUUUGGGUUCAAGGGUCAGAACUGCGAGAUGCCGCUCAACGCCUGCAUCAGUUUCCCCUGCUCCAACGGAGGAACCUGUCACCUCCAGCCGGGACACGAGGGCCACUUCAGCUGCGUGUGUCCGCCAGGCUUCGAGGGUGAACGUUGCGAGAUCAAUCCAGACGACUGUGAAGACAACGACUGUGAGAACAACUCCACCUGCAUCGACGGCGUGAACAACUACACCUGCGUCUGCCCACCAAACUACACCGGCGACCUGUGUGAUGAGGUGAUCGACCCUUGCCUCGGUGGCUUUGACCCCUGUCAGCAUGAUUCAAAGUGUGUCCACGUUGGCCGUGACUACAGGUGCGAGUGUUUACCGGGUUAUGUGGGCCAACACUGCGAGCAGGACUACAACGACUGCCUGGAGAACAAGUGUCAGCACGGCGCCGAGUGCGUGGACGCCGUCAACGGCUACACCUGCAUCUGCAAGGAAGGUUUCAGCGGGCUGUUCUGCGAGAAUCCUCCGCCAAUGAUCCUGCUGCAGACCAGCCCCUGCGACCAGACCGACUGCCAGAAUGGCGCCCAGUGCUUGGUGGAUGCUGGAGAGCCAAUCUGUCGCUGCAUGCCGGGUUUCUACGGCAACAAAUGCGACAAAAUGGCCACCGUUCAUUUCCUGGGUAGAGACGGAUAUGUGGAGCUGCCAGGUGCCAAGCUCCGCCCCCCGGCUCAUAUCUCCUUUCAGGUGGCGACAGAUAAGGACAAUGGGAUUUUGCUGUACAAAGAGGACCACGACCCGCUGGCGCUGGAGUUGUACCAGGGACACAUUCGGCUCAUCUACGACAUCGCGACAUACCCGCCAACCACGGUGUACAGCGUGGAGUCUGUGAGCGACGGGCUGUUCCACACCGUCGAGCUGCUGAUUCAGAACCGCUCCAUCAGCCUGGUGGUGGACGACGGCGUCCCCAAGAGCCUGGGCAAGCUGGCGCGCCAGCCCUCUGUGGACCACAACACCCAGCUGUACAUCGGAGGCGUUCCCUUCCAAGUGGUGGCCUCAAGUCUGCGAACCGGGCCUGAACGGUCCUCCCAACCCUUCAAUGGCUGCAUUCAUAACGUGAAGGUGAACGGGGAGCUGCAAGAUCUGAGCUACCGUAUCCCGGGAGGUCAAUCACCGGGGGCUGAUGGGAAGGUUGAAGGAAUCCUGGCCGGGUGUCACUCCUGCAGCGUGUGUGCGCAGGGGGCGUGCAGAGAGGGCGGCGAGACGGGCGUGACCUGCGACUGCCCACCGGGUCGCACCGGAGCUCUGUGCGACCAGACGACGACAUCCAACCCGUGUCAGAGCCACAGGUGUGUUCAGGGUCAGUGCGUCCCAAAAGGUCAGUCCUAUAGCUGCCAGUGCAGUGAGGGGUACCAGGGUCAGUUCUGCGACAGACGGCAGGAGCUUCCGGCCUGCAGAGGGCGCCGCUGCGGACAUGGGGAGUGUCGAGUGUCGGAGGCGGGAGAGUCUGUCUGCCACUGCCAGCCGGGAUUCACCGGAGCAUCAUGUGAAACAGAGGUCACAUGUCAGGGUGAGAUGAUCCGGGAGCAGAUGAAACGCAUCCAGCCGCUGAGAACCUGCACGUCCACGAGCAAGAUCCCUCGGAUGGAUUGCCCCCGAUCCUGCCAGGCCACAGCGCCCCCCGGUGUCUGCUGCGGUGUCACCAAGAGCCGGCGGAGGAAGGUGGUCUUCCGCUGCACCGACGGCACCUCGUUCUCCGAGGAGAUGGAGACGGCGCUGGAGUGCGGCUGCUCCAGAUGCCCCUUGUAACAUUUUUUUUUUUUUUUUUUUUUUGGGGGAUUCCCCCGGAGGUCUUACACCAGGAUCGCCGUCAUGUGAUCUCUGUAUUUUACACAUUCCAUUAGACUGAAUUGCUGCCAGAAAAGUCAAACGAAAAUGGGACAGUUUUUCUUUUUGACAGAGAAAUAUAUUGUAAAAUAACGAAGAAUAAAAGCAUAUUUUUAUGAUGGAUGUUUCUGAAAAUGAAAAAAAGUGUUUUUUUAAUGUUGAUGAUAUAAUGUUACAUAGUAUGAAAGUUUUAUUUUUUACCUCGUAUGAAGCAAGAAAGUACACAGCAAUAUAGAUUAACAAGUAUAUGAGUUUAUAUGUAUGUAUAAAUAUGUACUCUAAUCCUAUUAAUGUUACGUUGCAUCUGCAUGGUUAACUGUGAGCUGUGUGGGGGGGCGGAGGAUUCCGGAGAGACUCGUCGACUCCUGCCUGGAAAAGAGAGACACUUUUCCUCGGAGAAAUGAACUUUGGUCGACUGCAUCCUGCACAUUAUCCUCCUCAGUGAAAAGACUCUUUCCACAGAGAUAAAAUCCUCAAGUUACUCUUCCAUUUUCUGUUGCACACCAGAC